UGUAAAACUUACAUUUUUUUGUCGAGGCACCCAAGCAAAGUAAUAUUUUGCAACGUAGACUCUUAGGCGCCGCACACAAAAACAACCCAAGAACACAACAGCAACAUCAACAGCAACAUCUGCAACAUCUGCAACAUCAGCAACCAGAGCAACAUACAACAUCCAUCCGAAACCGCAAACAUCCAACAAUCCACCAUCGCCACCACCACGAACCACAUGAGCCUGAACAAGAUCAAGAAGCGGGACGCGAGCGACUUAUGACUGAUGCGCUCCAAGGGCAACGUCGGCGUCGGCGUCGGCGUUGGGGUCAACGUCGGCGUCGCCGUUGGCAGCGGCAGCCGGUACAAGGUGACGGCCCGCUGUGUGCCCGAAGUGAGCAUCACGUCGCCGACGACAGCAUCCGGCUCCAUCCAGCCCAAGCACUUUGCCCUGCUCCGCAGUCGCUCGCAACCUUCGCCGCCGACGUCUAACAUCCUUUUCUCCACGCCAGGCGGGGCCACUCUGGUCGAGGAGGAGGAUUUCAGCUUGGCUAGCGGCAGUGGUAUAGCGGCCAAGAACGUGCUUCAGCGCCAGCUGGCCACCACCGUCCAGCAGGAGGAUCCGGAUCUGGAGCAUUCCGCGCAGGAGCAGCACAGCAAGUUGUCCGAGCCGGCGGAACCGCCCAAUGAGCUAACGCCAUUGGUGGAGGAGCCCGGCACUGUAGCGCCUACCACUUCGAGCCAGCGUUAUAGCCACAAUUCCAAGACCACGCGCUCCUGGCCAGUCAUCUACCGCAAUCCACAUCACUGCGACUACGAGGCCUUGUACGUGCAGCAGCAGCAGCAGCAACAGCAGAGCUUCAAGCAGAACUGCUACUCGAAUCAGUUUAAGCAGUCCAUCGUCUACUCCAGCAGCAAUGAGGAGUUGCCCGGCGGCGAGCCGGUAGCCUCGAGUUCCGCUGAUAACCGCCAGACCACGUGCUACUACUUUGCACCCAGCCGGCACAACAGCAUUUAUGAGCACCCCUCCUCGGUGGUUGGGGGAUCCCUGCAGUUCGAUAAUCCAACGACCACAGCAGCAGCGGCGGCGGCAGUCGAGAGUUUAAGGCGGAGCAACAGCAUCCUGUUGCGCCAGAACAGCUGCGCCAAGGUCAUUCAGCGUCGGGGCAGCGGCAGUGGUUCACCCAACUCACUGGGCUCCCAGAUGGAGGGACUGGGAAUGGGCAUGGGCGGAAGGGGCGCCGGCAGCGCCUGUUGCUCCAGCUGCUGCAUGGGCCCGCCGCCAGUGCUCUUCCUAUUCGUCACUCUGCUGAUGACCACUAGCGCCACAGCCAUGCUGUGCGCCGCCAUCAUGACUGAUCACUGGGAGCACGUCACAUGGGACCGCAACAGCCUUGAUCGCUACUCCAAUCGGUCGGGGCUGCACCUGGAGUGGCUUCUGGACGACCAAGUGGCUAUGCUCAAGCCGGACAAGAGGGCCGAUCAUCGCUUCCGGCGCGACUCCGUUUUCCUGGUGCCCAUGCACGGCGGCAUCUGGACGCUGUGCAUCGAUCUGCCCAUUCAGCAGCUGCAGGAACUGCGGCGCAAUCCCAAGUUCCCUCGCGGUGCACCGCCGUGUGUCAACUACCUGGCCGGCUCAAUGGAGAACGCACGCGGCGAGGAGCAGCGCAACGACUGGCAGCACAGUGAGUCACAGGUCACUCUGCAGCCGCAUCUGAGAAUGCAAAACCUCUCCAUAUCCUGCUCAUUGGUCUGCCUCAUCAUUCUGGGCAGUGCUGCCCUCGUAGGUGCCUUUGGCGUUUGCCAGCGCCAAAUCAGUGCCAUUCUGAUCACAGGAGUGAUGUAUUUACUAGCAGCUCUCUUUGCCCUGUUCACGCUCAUGAUCAUCCACUUCAAGCGGCAGCAGGGACGUCCCAUGCUGGACAGCGACUACGAUGGAACGGUGGACGGAAUAGUGGCGCGACCAGGAGGCGUGGCCAUAAUGGCCAAGCCACUGCUGGGAGCGCGCAUCUUCCUCACCUCGUGGAGCCUCGACUUGGGAUGGGGCGGUGUGGUGCUCUGCGCCAUCACCUCUGUACUGUGGAUCCUGCUCUCCAAGAUCAUGCGGUACAACCCCUUCUCGGCGCUCAUGAUUUAGCUAAACGCCUUGCCGCUCGGCGUCUACGGAGCCAGCUACGGGAGUCUGGGCAGCUGUGAGAGCUACGGCAGCUACGGGAGCACCCACACCCACAGCGGCACCAGUAGUGGCGGCAGCUCCAGUUUCCUCCUGGCGGCAGUCUCGUCGACGCGGCAAGCAGAGCACCGUGGCAAGGGAAAGUAUAUCCUGUAGGCGACGCCCUGCCCCGAACUCAAUGUCUAAUGAACCGGAUACAAGCCCUUACUCAACUUAUUUGGUACAGGCUUCCGAGGGUUUUAUAAUUAUAAUACUUCUACAACUUUUGGCUAAAUUCGCCUUAUUAAGGUUCCUUUUGGCUAUAUUAUACUACUUUGGCAAAUCAAUACCAAGACCAUAAGUUGAACCUUUUCAAAAGUGCACCCUCGCAUUCCUACUAUGUAAACCCCAUAUUAGUUAGCUAUGUAUGUAUGUUGGAAAUGUACCAAACUAAAAACUCAAUUGCCUUGUUCUUUAUAUAUACACACACAACUUAUACAACUUAAUCUUAUACUUAUACUUAUUAUACGGUGUACUUAACUUAACCCAAUUGUAAAUUCAAUUUACACUCUCUAUUUACAACCUUUUUGUAUACAUUCGAUUUGGCUCUACUUCUACACACCUCCAAACACCCCACUAAUCCUUGCUAAAAUGUGAGACAUUUAUUUACACGUAACGAGCGAGUGGGAAUAGGAAUUCCAGGUGAGGCUUUGGCUUUAAAGUGCUUUCUAGUAACAGUUCGCCUGCAUAGCUUUAAUCCAGCCCAAAGAUAGUUAAUUGGGUGUGACAGCUGCUUAAAAUUAGAAAAACUGACUGGGGAGGGAUAAGACGAUCAGGUAGAAUUUGGAAAAUUGCUUGCGAUAUUCAUAAAACAGUUUGCUUCAUGGGCCGUAUGAAAUGAUGAGACGCCUCAACAAAAACAUACUUUCCCCAUUUCAUUGCCCUCCAUCCAGUUGGUUUAGUAGAAUUCUAGGGCUUGUCAUGGAAGCAUAAUGAAUUGUAGAACUUGGCGAGUGCUUAUAGAGCUCCAGGGGAACAGUUGUUCGCGAAGCAUAAUGUAAUGAGAUCAUUUAGUGCUUUAGGACAAAUGGUUACAAAACGUAUUGUACUUGUAAAGAAGCCUCCACAAACCAAACAAAAUGCUAAAGGUAUAAAAAUGUAUUUUUAUGCAAACGCUUUGCCUUAAAACAACAAAACAAACAAACAAGAACAACUUAUUUAAAUACAAAAGAUAAUUUCUUUUAAAAAGUUU